AUGGCUUCUACUCUCAAGUCCCUAUUUCAUGAUAACGACAGAUACGACAAGUGCUUCAGGAUGUUUAAGCAGCGUUCAAAUGAACAAUUACAAAUGGAAGACUUCAUCUGCACUACCCUGUCUGACGAACUGGCCAGCAUCGGGGACGGGAAAUCGAUAAAUGUCAUUGGACUUGGGACUGGAGAAGGUAAUUAUGACAUUAAGAUUCUCUCCCAGCUGCGCCUGAAGCACCCAGGGGUGAUGCUGAAUAACGAGGUAGUGGAACCCAGCACAGCGCAGAUACAAGCUUACAAAGAGAGGGUGGCUCAGGUGUCGCACUUGGACCCUGUCAAGUUUGCAUGGAACGAGAUGACAUCCUCUGAGUUUGAGGAGCAGUGGAGACAGAGAAAUGUCACCAAGAAGGUCGACUUUAUCCAUAUGAUCCAGGUGCUGUACUACAUCGAGGAUCCUGGCCCUACCAUCAGAUUCUAUCAGAGCCUCCUGAAGAAGAAUGGCAAACUCAUGAUCACUUUACAGUCAGGUGAAGGUGACAGGUCAAACAAGUGGAGAGAGUUGGGCUUCUCAAAUGAAUUUAAGUGGCAUAAACUUGAGGACAUAACGAAGCUGCUGGAUGAAGCUGGAAUCCCGUACCAGUGCUAUGGCGUGUGUUCUGAUUUGGACAUCACCGAGUGCUUCACUGAAGGAGACGAGACCGGAGAGAUGAUUCUAGACUUCAUCACUCAGACUGUGAACUUUAGCAAGACGGCCCCAUCUGAGCUCAGAGAGAGGCCAAACCGGGCAAGUUGUGAGAAAAUACCCAUGCCUCCCACAAUACAGGCACUCACAGACGCUCCUCUGCAGUCAGGUGUGCUCGACCCAGCUACAUUGGCUCCUCUGGUGGAGGUGACGCGGAAGGCGGUGAAUUUGCCGUGGAAGGGCAGGACACCAGUCCCUUCACAAAGACAGCCUUUAAAGCGCUGUCAGUCCAAUCUACCUCUGGUGCCAGUGUCCAAAAGUUGA